CCCCCUCCCUGCUCGCCCGCCUGCUCGCCUCGGUCCGUCGGCCGGUCGCGCUCCGGACUCAGCCCGGCGCCCGGGCGGGAUGGAGUGACCGAGCCCGGCCAGACCCCGGAAGUCCCACCGCCCGCCUUGCCCGGGGCCCAUGCGGCCCCUCACAGACCAUGGGGUCCCGCAUUAAGCAAAACCCGGAAACAACAUUUGAAGUCUAUGUCGAAGUGACCAAUUCAGCAUCAGCGGGUCCAGAUCCUGAGGUGCGGAGGCAGUUCCCAAAGGACUACAGUGACCAGGAAAUUCUACAGACUCUGACCAAGUUCUGCUUCCCCUUCUGUGUGGACAGCCUCACAGUUGGCCAAGUUGGCCAGAACUUCACUUUUGUGCUCACAGACAUUGACAGCAAGCAGAGGUUUGGGUUCUGCCGCUUAUCGUCGGGGGCCAAGACUUGCUUCUGUAUCUUAAGUUAUCUUCCGUGGUUUGAAGUCUUCUAUAAACUGCUCAACAUCUUGGCAGACUAUACAGCGAAGGGCCAGGACAGCCAGUGGUAUGAACUUCUAGAAAUGCUUUAUAAACUACCCAUCCCUGAGCCUGGCUCAUCUGUUCAUCUCAGUGUGCACUCUUACUUUACUGUGCCUGACAACAGAGAACUUCCCAGCAUACCUGAAAAUAGAAAUCUGACGGAGUAUUUUGUAGCUGUAGAUGUGAACAACAUGCUGCACCUCUACGCCAGUAUGCUGUAUGAACGACGCAUCCUUAUUUGCUGCAGUAAACUGAGCACUUUAACCGCCUGCAUCCAUGGCUCUGCAGCUAUGCUUUACCCAAUGUUUUGGCAACAUGUUUACAUUCCUGUCCUUCCUCCACACCUCUUGGACUACUGCGGAGCUCCAAUGCCCUACCUCAUAGGAAUACACCUAAGCCUGGUGGAGAAAGUCCGAAACAUGGCCCUGGAAGAUGUAGUCGUCCUCAACGUUGACACUAACACACUCGAAACUCCUUUUGAUGAUCUUCAGAGCCUGCCAAAUGAUGUGGUCUCUGCACUGAAGAGCAGGUUGAAGAAAGUCUCCAUGACCACAGGCGAUGGCGUGGCCAGGGCGUUCCUGAAGGCCCAGGCUGCUUUCUUUGGGAGCUACAGAAAUGCACUGAAGAUUGAGCCCGGGGAGCCCAUCACGUUCUGUGAAGAAACAUUUGUCUCCCACCGGUCUGCCACCAUGCGACAGUUCCUGCAGAACGCAACCCAGCUGCAGCUUUUCAAGCAGUUUAUUGAUGGCCGCCUUGAUCUUCUCAACUCCGGAGAAGGUUUCAGUGAUGUCUUUGAGGAAGAGAUCAACAUGGGCGAAUAUGCUGGUAGUGACAAGCUGUAUCUCCAGUGGCUGUCAACGGUUAGGAAAGGAAGUGGUGCCAUUUUGAAUACAGUCAAGACCAAGGCAAACCCUGCCAUGAAGACAGUCUACAAGUUUGCAAAAGAUCAUGCAAAAAUGGGAAUAAAGGAGGUGAAAAACCGCUUGAAGCAAAAGGACGUUGCAGAGAACGGCUGCUCCACUGUGCCAGAAAACUCCCUGCCAUGGACAACUCCUUCCCCACUGGCUGAACAAAGAGAUCCCAGACUCCACGAGGACAGAAGGCCAAUCACUGUGCACUUUGGGCAGCUAAGCACCCGACCAGCAAGACCACCUCCUCCCAAGAUCCACCGCUCCUCCAGGCCCGUUCGGCCCCCCAGACCCCAGGUGGCCAGGAGGCCCAAAAGCAACGUUGCCACUGAUGGCCAGAGGACUUCCGUAUCCAGCCCAGACCACCUGGUAAAGCCUACACGCCACUAUACGGUCUUUCUCUCAGAGGACUCUUCCGGUGAUGAGUUUCCGCAGGAAGAUGACCCCAGCUCUGCCUUCUCUGACAGCUUCCUCUUCUCUGCUCCCUUUGAAUGGCCUCAGCCUUACCGUGCCCUGAAGGAGUCCAAGAGCGCAGAGAGCGAAGAGAGUGUCAACCCUGAGAGGCCUCAAGAUGGUGGAAGUGCUGCCCCACCCACACCAGACAGCCCUGUGGAAAUCAGCCUUCUGGGAGGCAUAUUCUCGGGGCUGGAGAUAGAGCCUCCAUCCCAGCUGCUCAGCCAAGCCAAGAGCUUAGAAGACUUGAGGAUUCCCAAGGAUGAAGGGGACCAGCAGGGGACCUUUGACUACCAGCGGAUGGAUCCUGGCUUCUCCGAAAAGAGCUGGAUUUCUCCAGGGAUGAAGUUUUCUCACCCCUACAAGCAGCUGUGGGGCCUGGGCCAGGAUGACAUGGCCAUUCCCACAAAGUAUUCCCAAAGCUCACCGGAGAGGCCCUUGGCUCCUCUUGAGAACAUGUCUUCCGCCCCAUGGAGGCCGCGGAGCAGAGACUCCAUCCUGGAUCUCCCUGAGAAGGACGUUGGGACCUCGGCUGGCUCUCAAGGCAACAUCACAAUCCCACGGCCACAGGGCAGGAAGACACCAGAGCUGGGCAUCGUUCCGCUGCCACCUGCACCCAGACUUGCCAAGCAACAGGCACUGCUUGAAACCGCAACCUGCCUUGCAGGACCCAGUGACCUGGCUUCAGAGCUCAUGCUGGACACUUUUGCACCCAGAAACAUCUCCCUGGACCCUGAAUCCAGGCAGCCUGCUGGUUUUGCCACUCACCAGCACCAGCUCUUGUCCAGCAGUGGCCACGGAACACAGAUGCUUCAGCCGGUCAAGGUCUGUGUGGAGGACACGAGCAGCAACAACGACUCUCUCCUUGCCUUCCUAGAUCCAUUGAAAGCAGGGAGUUGUCAAGAGAUGAGCUUCCAGCCCAGCGCCAGAAGCCUGCUAGGGUCAUCAUCUCCCAAUCUCACAACUGGUUUCCCUACAACAGCAGGUGACCUCAUGCCACCCGUGCCAGCAACACUUGGUCAGCCACUGGGAUACCCUCCCUCUGCAGCACCAUUUGGGCAGGCAUCUCUCAACCCGUUUGUGCAGGCCACGCCAGCACCUGUGCCGUUGUCCCUGGUCAGGCCUCCUGGCAGCCCUUUUGCUCCUUCCCUAGGCCAUGCUUACAGCUCCAGCAUUAUCACCUCACACUCCACCUUCUAUCAGCCCCAGAGGCCUCCUCCAAACCCUCUGACGCUGUCCAUGCCUAACCUUUUUGCCCAGUCCCCAGCAGCCCCAAUGCAAAGCCAGCUCCCUUCCCAAAGCAAUACCCUGCAGCCAGCAAAGCUUUGUGGCUCUUCCAAAAUUCGGACAUUGCCCCUGACCCAUUCUGCCUCGAAACUAGAGACCAAGACGAGGCUGGCUGCAAGGCCCAGUGACCUCCCGCUCGUUCCCCACAAGGCCAAAGCUGUAGAGUCAGUGUUACUCCCUAGCAAACCUCAGGCUACUAAAGACCCCUUUGAAGACUUGCUAAAUAAGACAAAGCAAGAAGUUUCCGUCACCCCAGGUAAAGUGGAACAGAUGAGAAGGCAGUGGGAAACAUUUGAGUGAAUCUUCCGGUGGGAGGGGGGCUUCAUUCCCGUUAAGUUGUGUGUUGAGCCAGUAUAAAAGCACCGAAUUCCAUUGGAGCAAAAGGGUUAGUCAGCCAGGAGCUACUACCUGCGCUCCAACUCCUGUUGGUAGGAUGUCCUGGCUAAACACUGUUAGGAUCCCCCUGAAACCUUCACUGGCUCCCUUCCCAUGGAUCACCGUCAUCCUUUAAGCUUUCAGAGUAGCUGAAGAAAACACUGGGGUGGGGUAGAUAAGUCAUAUUCCCAAGCUUCCAAAUUCCGUCAAAGUAUCUUCUGAACUGGAGAGUGUUCAGUUGUCAAGAGGUAUUUUCUUGCAGCCACAGCCCUCUCUCUUCCUGCACCCACUAGGGUCCACUUCCUCACCAAUGUGAUCAGUAUUGAAUUUAGGAGUCUUUCCUGUGUUUUCACAGGCCGCGAAUCAUGUUUUGCUUCCAGGUGUAAAUGCAGGUAUAAACACGGGAUGAAUUUGCCACUGGACUUUUGAACCGGGACUCUUUGUUAAUAGCUUCUUCCUCAUUCCAGUGCACUUUUGAUUUAGUGGACAUGUGGCUCUUUGAACUCCCUGCACUGUUCCCCCACCCCACAACCUCUGCACACAGCGGGGGACCCAUUCGCAAAGGGGUCCCUGCUCCCCUCCCAGUUUCUCUGUCGAUGUUGGAGAGCACCGCACUGCUGGGUUGCUAGGAGGGCAAGCACCUUUUCAGGCUCAUCAGAGAAUUGGAAUCGCCAGCAGUGGACCUUUUCAGAGCAAGACACACGAUGCCCCUAUCAUGGUUCCCCAAACUCUUAUAUAACUGUGUGUGAAUAUUAUAUAAUAUUAUAUAAUAUUAUAUAGAUAUAUAGAUAUAUAUAUGUUACUAGGUGGCAGUACUUCGAGUAGAUGUAAUCGUACCUUAUCUUAUUACCAAAAAGGGAGACGACCAAGGUGUAACGAGUUCUUGUAUGUGGUGAGCAGCAGCAAAGCACCCCAAAGUCAAAACUGUAGAGCAUGGGGGGACAAGUGGGGGCUUUUCACAGCACGUUUUAAAUCUGGGUGUAAACUGCUCUUUAGUAAAAGCGGCUUUUCCCAGCCUGGUUCUUCCCAGGUGUUUUGGGCUGCAAAUCGUUUCAACCCCAAACCAGCACAGUUGUGUGAUGCUGCCCAGAAGCCAGCUGGAGGGCGCCAGGAAGGGCAGGGCUGCUUAGGAGCAUGGAGAAGGCAGCCCGAUUCCUCCUCCCUUGCCAUCCCUUGCCAGGGAGCCACGCUGCUGCGUCCAGCUUCCUUUAUGAGCAAAGAACACACAGCCAACGCCAGUUUGAUCAGCACCAGAACGCUGCAAACCAACUACAAAGUCUACUGCUGCGUUUGCCCUGGGCCUUUUGCAGCCCUGGAAAUGUCAGCAGUUAAUAGAGCAGUCUGGUUCAUUUGGCCACUUGAGUUUCUGAGUUUUAAAAAACUUGGCUGAAUUAGAUUUACCACCACCCCAUAAAAAAACACACACCUUUGGGACCGUGAUUAAUUUGCCACCGAAUCUGUAUACACCAGAAGUCACCUGCACACACAGGGGGAGCCAGUCUCUGCCUCUUUCCUCUCCAGUGUAUGCUGCUGCUGCUGCUGCUGCUGCUGUCACCACCUUUGUUUCUGUGACCUCCUUGCAGUUUCCUUCCUGCUGCUGAAGUGUUAUUGAGGUUUCUUUCUCCAUGCUUGAGCCUGUACAGUGCAAGAACGUAUUUUGAUUCCUUCAGAUGCUGACUGUCAGGGGAUACCUCUUGGCACUGUGUUCAUGUCAUCACACUUCUGUCAAGUACUGUUGCUUUCACUAGG